UGUCAUGGAGAGAGCUUGCCUGCACUUGUGAAUGUGCUCCUACAGCCCUGCCGCCCAGACCCACCCUGCUGGGGAUUCAAGGAGUUAGCCAGCUCCUGGCCUUUGCAGAAAGACGCACGUGCCCACGAGCUCCGGGAUCCUGCUGCCGCCUCAGUCUGCAUUUCUCGUGCAGACGCUGCUGGGGAAGGUCGGUCGAACUGAAUGACGAAAGGAAGGAGCGGGGGCGGGGGGCGAGAGAAGGAGAAGGAGGCUCCGCGCAGGCACAGAAAGCAGGUAGCGUCCGUCUUCCUUCGGCAGUUCGCUGGGCAUCGCCAUCGCCUCCGAAUGCUGCCAUGAGUCGGAGCUGGGGCCGGGCCGGUGCGGCAGCGCUGGCUGACCCCGGGGCCGGCUGGAUGAGGGGCCCCGGCCGGGGCGGCUAGGGGGGGCCGGCCCCGCCCGGCCAUGGGCUGCCUGCAGAGCGUGGCGUGCAAGGCGCGGGUGCGCAGGGAAAACAUCGUCGUGUACGACGUGUCGGCCUCCAUUGAACCGGGCGCCACUGCCAUCGAGGAGACAUCGCCCAUCGUGCUGCGCUACCGCACGCCCUACUUCCGUGCCGCCGCCCGCGUCCUUAUGCCGCCCAUCCCGCGCCACCAUACCUGGGUGGUCGGCUGGAUCCAGGCCUGCAACCACAUGGAGUUCUACAACACCUACAGCGACCUGGGCAUGUCAAGCUGGGAACUUCCAGAUUUGAGAGAAGGGCGUGUAAAAGCCAUCAGUGACUCUGAUGGAGUGAGCUACCCAUGGUAUGGGAACACCACAGAAACAGUGACCUUGAUUGGCCCCACCAACAAGGUCUCCAGGUUUUCAGUCAGUAUGAAUGAUAAUUUCUACCCCAGUGUGACAUGGGCUGUCCCCGUGAGUGACAGCAAUGUGCCACUGCUAACCAGGAUCAAACGGGAUCAAAGCUUUACUACAUGGCUCGUAGCCAUGAAUAUAACUACAAAAGAAAAAAUUAUCCUACAGACAAUAAAAUGGAGAAUGAGAGUAGACAUUGAAGUUGAUCCAAUGCAGCUUUUGGGCAAGCGAGCUCGGUUGGUGGGGAGGACUCAACAGGAGCAGCCCAAAAUUCUGAGUAGAAUGGAACCCAUCCCACCAAAUGCACUAGUGAAACCCAAUGCCAAUGAUGCCCAGGUCCUCAUGUGGAGGCCUAAGCGAGGCCCGCCUUUGGUGGUGAUACCACCCAAAUAGAGGAUGACCUUUACUGUACAAAUGAGGGCUUUUGCCACCAGUGGUGUGGAUAUCUGAGCCAAAGAAGACCUCUCAAGUUCACCUGCCUUUUGUAACUGCAAGUGGGAAGAGGGCUUCUUCAAGAUAAUAUAACAUGGCGAUGGCCAACACUGUGCCACAGGAGAAUAGCUGGGCCUCUGACUUUGGAAGAAGAGUCUGUACAAGUCCACACUUCAACGGUAUUCUCAUAGGAAAACAGGCUUAUUUUAUUGGUGAAACACAAGGAUCAAAAGAGUGAUUUCCAGUGCCUAUGGCUAAUGCUGCUUCCCAGCCAAUUAGAUGUAGUUACGGAGGCCGUUUUUACCAGACAUUCAUGGGCUUCCAGUAUGUUGCCUAGUCUCUGACCUCAUGGGAUAGGACAGGAUGGGAUGGCAUAUUACCAUAACAUUAUACCUAUGCAUUUUUGAUUGAUAAUCAAAAUUAUCACCCUAUUCAUUGGAAUGAAGAGAAUGUUUACAAAGAGGAAAAACUACUUGUGCCAUCUACAGCUUUGCUUUUGUAGAAAGAGUGGCUGUCUCUACAGGAGCUAUCCAUGGUGCUGAACUGAAGCACAACUUGAACUACCAAUAAUCUCAUCUACCAUCCCUGAAGAUAAUUUAUUGGAACUAAUGGAGUUAAGACUUCUUGCAUGUUUCUCAGUGUGUUUCAAGUAGUUGUAAAUGUAGGAACUCUGCCAUAGUUUCCAAUGCUCGGUGAAAUCCAAGGUAAAUGAACUAGCUACACCCGAGUAUUUAAAAUACACUAUUGUUUCCAAACAUCCCCAACUCUGCUUUUUAUAUGAGCAGAAUUAAUCUAUAGUCCAAAAGGUGGUCUGCAUACAGUAUGUUUUUCCAGCUAAGGGCAAAGGGAUCAUUAGUUGUAUUUAGCAUGGGAGGGAGACUCGCAAUUUUAUAGAUAGUUUUGGCACCAUGAUGCUCAUUAUCAAUGCUGAAAAAAAACAUUUCUAAUCACCUUGGUAGAGGUUGGAGGAUCCAGAUUGCCAUUAAACAUGGGAAUGGGAAACACUUCAUUAGAAUCCCGGCACAUCUCCAACCCCUCCCAGGCUGUGACAUCAUUACUCAUUAAUGGGGAAAGGAGGACACACAGAGAGGUGGUGUAGCUGUACAGCCCUUGUAGAGCAAGAAUAUUGCCUUGUUAAGUGGAAAGUCAGAGCUGUCCAUAAUAAUCUUAACCGGGCUAGAUGCCACCCAUGUUCCAGAGGAGAAGUUUCCUGAUCUCCACCCCACCCCAUUUUGCAUGUAGCCAAAAUAAUAUUUUUAGACCUCACUAUAUAAUUGAGGAGGAAUACAUGAACUUUUGUUGGGCAAUGAAAAUUGGCAUAUAAUGGGAAUUUACUUUCUCAUGUUCUUGAGCACUUGUAGUCAGAGCUACAAAUUGGUCUUGCUUCUGUUUGUUAUGGUAAUAAUGCUAUGAUAGAAAAUGAAAGAGAUUGUGUGGAUGUUAGCUCAUGAAAUCUCCAGCAACUAGUUUCAGUUUUCUUUUUCUACACUGUUGUUUACCUCCAAGCAAUAAAUUUUAUAGGAAGCUUGGAAGAGAACAGUAAUGCAGAUUAUGUUCAAGUUCUGGGUUUGUUUGUUUUUUGGUCCUCCACCAGUGUGAAUGGAAUUUUAGCAGCCCUGUGAGCAAAGGUGUUGUAGAAAAUUCUGCAGAGGGUAGAAAAGACUGCCAUCAGUUGCAGAAUGACAUGAGGGACAUAAUGUUUUGGAUAGAAGCUGCUGUAUGAAUUCAUAGAUUAGAGCUGCAGAGUAGAUGGAAGCUCGUGGUGCUACUUGCCACGUUCAGGAACUGUUAGUUGUGCAAUCCAUACUGGCAGAGCAUAUGUGGCAUCCUACUAUGCCCAUAAGAAUUCUAUAAGUAGUUAACUAGUAAUACUUACUAUUGUCAUUCUUGAGUUAGCAAAGAAAACAUCCAAAGAGAGUGAUGCACUUUCCAGUGAGGAAAGUGUUCUAAUAUCAGUCAUUUCUUUAAUUACUGUUCUCCAACGUCCGCCAUUCUCUUGGCAGUGAAAAUUCUCUGCUGCAAAUUCUCUGGAAUUCAGUCUUCUGAAAGGAAAAUAACUUUGCAAUCUCCCCACAAGUACCUUUCUGCCUUUGGAGUUGUUUCUUGGUUGUCAUGGCAGAAGGUUUAAACAGCAAGUCCUCAUUAUAGCAUUAGCACUCACUUCUGGGCUUCAUCUUGUUACUGCACUUCCCUUUUUUACAGUCCACUGCAGAACAUGCUCUCUCUUAGCUGACAUAGAUUAUUGCCAUUGCCACAUGUGUGAGAGCGUCCAAGCAUCCGAGAUAUCAAUAGGGAUAUGUUCAAAAUGCAAUUUGGCAUCUGAAUCGCAGCACAAUCCCUUUUUAACUGAGGGCUUCCACAGCUCCUUCAACACAGAGGAAAGUAGGUCUAUCCCUGCUCUACCUCCGCUCAUUGCCAUUACCGUACUCAUGGCGCUGUCCCCCAGCUGCCAGCACACAAAUGACCACCGUGCAUGUACGGAGGCAAUUUGCAUGCUGGCGCUGUGCAGGGGAAACUAGGGGAGAGUGCUGCCAGCACAAGCAGAUAGCUGGGAGGGAAUGCCAUGAAUAUGAUAAUGGCGGAGAGCAGAGGAGGUGCUCUCCUUUGUGUUAAAGGGGCUGUAGAAGCCCUCAGUUUUAAAGGGAUUGUGCUGUGACUCGGACGCCGAAUAUUGUUUCAAGCACAUCCCUACUCUGCAGUGAUGUGGGUGAUUCUGCAACACCUUCAUUACACUGUAGGACACAUAAGCCACUAAGUAUUACUAUUGACUGACAUCCUGAGAAAAUUACUUAAUAAAAGUGCCAUUGAAAUUCAUAGCACAAGUUUGUCAUGACUAACAUGUCCUAUUAAUUCCAAUAGGACUUCUAUUGAGUAAUUUAGUCAGGAUAUCAGCAAUUAAAUUUGAGGUCUGCAGGGACAUACAUACACUGAUUCAGUAUUAUGCCUAUACCAAUCAGGCCAGCCUUUUUGGUUUUCUUUGAAUUUUCUUUUGAAAACACAGCAACGCUACUUGACUUCCAUAGGAGACUUGAGAACUGGCCACUUACACAUCACUGGUUUGUCAGGACUAUGUUGUCCUAAUGUGCAGUGUGGUGAAUUUUGCUCCAACGAUAUUUUGACUGUAUAUUUUACCUUCAAGACUCCUGAAAAAAUUGGGAUUGUCUUGGAGGAUGAGGGACAUCACAGCCUGUGCCUUCAAAAUAUCAUUUAAGCUAUUCUUAACACAACGUUUUUGAGAUCUUUUCUUACUGGGCCACAUCCACAAUGGUACUCUUAAAGCCAUUCUUUCUUUUCCUUUCUCCCCACAGGGAGAGGGAGACAAGGAAAAUGGCUUGAUAUCACCUACCACUUUAUUGGUGGAUUUCUUAACUGUUUACGCUUGAAUGGUGUUGAACAUUGGAACCUAGACCAAAGUCUUCAUGCCUAGUUUGCCCACAUUCCAAAGACUGUGCCUUUUACUUGGCCCUAGCUGGGAUUAAUGGCUGUUUUCCACUACCUUGGCAAACCACUGGCUAAUUUAGGAGCCCUACUGCUCUUGAAAACUGGCACAAACUCUUCCUUGGAAUGUUCUGCAUAACAAUUAUAGUAAUUGCAAAAUAGCCUCUUAAGAGAUUGAUGGGGAAGUUUCCCUAUUUUCUGCAAGGAAAAUAGGGGAACUUCUUAAAGAAAGAAAAAAUGAAUCGUUCUAUUGAAAAUUCUCAUAGGGUAUUUUACUGGUAAAAUAUUGUAGCCACUCAUCUGAAAUAAGUGGUCAUAAAUGUAGGUUAAAAUAAUUGAAUCAAUUUAUGAAAAGAGGAAAAUAAGUCAAUUUUGAACUAGGAUGGUUCAAAAUGUGCAAGCAUGGAACUUCUCCCACUCCAAUGUACUCGUUAACAUUGGUAUUUGAACAUCUUAGCCUAAAGUUGACAGGCCCCUUUAACAGGAAGCAUCAAAACUGAGAAACGUAUAGAAACUGAGUUGAAUGGUGGUAUACAAGCAUCUAGGUUCCACUUUCUAAGUAUAAUGUUGAUAAAGUCCAUUUGGUUGUGUGGUGUUUAACAACCUGAAAAGCGUGGCUACUUCCUGAUUAUUAGUCCCCUCUUAAAAAAACAAGCAGUAUCAUCUGCUGCCAUAAAGCCUACAGUAUGUGGGAAAGGCAAAGCUGUCCCCAUUGCAGAUUCUCCACAGAGCUAGACAACCAGUCUCCAGGCCAGUAUUACAAACUAGCAGACAUGUCUUCAUGGCAGCAGAAUACAGAUCUGGCUGAGGACUGGAGCUGACAUGCCCCUUUACGUGAGACUUGGGAGCAUUUAUGGAAAGGUUUGAGCCCAAAUCCGAACAGAAUGACAAAACAUGCUUGUAUAUAUUGGGCAUUACUGAUAUCCAUUUCUGCUGCCACUUUCACUUCAGUUAAAGCUACUGUAAUGUUUAAUUUAAAUUUAUUUUGUGCAUUUAAUUUAAAUAUCUUUUAAAAAGCAUUAUUUAAAUGCACUUUUUAAAAAUCCUCCAUGUUGCUCAAGUGGAGUUUAAUCAGGAGUAGUGAUUAGGAAUGUCCUCUUGUGUUCAUUGCAUGGUCUUGUUGCUGUUUGGUAUGAGGGAGCACCCUGAUAUUCUGCAAGUAUAUGAUCAAGUACAGUAUAAGGACUCAUUGGUCAGGACAAGCCAAAGAAGAAUGAGCCCAAGGUAUUCAAGUAUGUUGCAGGGAAGAACCUUGUGGAUAUGAAAUGUAGCUCUUAAGAUCCAACAGGCCCAUCAGUAGUUUUGAAUCUGUGUACACUAUACUGUAUGUCUGUGAAGGAGUGUGCUUGCACAGGUAUUCUUGAGAGCAAUCCACUGGCCCAUGUCAUUGUGGUCCCCCAGUCUACACCAGACCCUCCAUCCCGUGAAAACCAUGAUUGAAUAUCCUGCUCGCUGAACUGGGUGGUUUCCCCCAUGUCAUUAUUGAUGUGAAAUCAAUCAUAAAGCAGCCUAUAUUAUAAUGUGCUUGAUAAUAUUGAUGAAACCUAAGACAGUUACUGGCUCAGUUGCCUGCCCGUUACAAGUGCUAGAAAAUCAGAAAGGCCUCUGUCUGUCACUGAGUGAGCUGAUUCUGAGCAGAGUGGGUGAAAGAUCCUAGGAAAGAGUUAAAAGAAGCAGAGGCCUAGGAAAGCAAGCUUGGAUGAAUGAGAAGGCAAGAGGCAGGAGCCUGGGAAGGGAAGGAAACCCACAAGAAGAGAGAAGUAAGAUAAGGCCAGCAGUUGUAGGGUUGAAGAGAGCUGAAAUCGACAUACUGCUUUGAAAUAAUGAGACACAUCUUUGGCUGCAGGCCUUCGGUAUCUUGUACUGGAUGAAUGGCUGCUAGUGUAAAGACUAUGCAACCUUUUUAAUUAAAUGGUGCCUCAUCAUAUUCUCAGUUGUGCAAAGGGCAUUCCAUUCUCUCAGAUAGAGCUGCUGAGGUUUCUGUCUUGAUUAAAUUAUUCUUGCAUUAAAGGUGAAGGGCACUUUUUGCAUUCUUGAUGGCUGCCGCCAAACCAGGCCCUAAAUAUCUUUUGGAAAGCACCAUUAAAACCUUUUUUAAGAAUUGGUUUUGGUGGCUGUAGCUAGACUGAAAGGAAAUAAGGAGCUUAGUGCAAUUCAUAUCAGUCUGAUUUUAAUCCUUCCUUGCUUAAACUUGAAUAUAAUGAUUUGUAGUUUUGAGAGGGGUUUAAAAAAAAAAUUAGGCCACUAUCUGCCAUCUAUCUCGAGACACCAAAAGUAUAACUGAGAAUGGACUUCUUUUCUAUUCUGCCUGAUGAGUGUGCAGCUCAUUCAGUAGCAGAAAUUGGCCCAAAACUGAUUUACCCGUUUUAACUCUCUUCUCUGAAGCUAGAGAAACUAAUGCCCCUAGAAAGUUCUGCUUCUCAGUGUUUUUCAGGCUCCUUCUGACUUGCAUGUUUUCUUGGCUCCCACUUUGUUUGUGACCUGAUGUAGUUUGGACUCAGUGGGUUGAUCCCUGUCCUACCUUGGGACAGGGAAUUGUGCUUUGUGGGUCAUUCCAGCCCUGCCACACUGUAACUAUUGCCUCUACCAAAUAUGUGUGAUUUUAUCAGUUGACCAUAUCCUGUUUGAAAUGGUUCCUCCAUCCUCUGUCCAGCAUCUUUACUCUCAGGGAAGAACAGGGGACCAGGUCACAGAAAUGGGAAUUCACAAGCUUGUCCACCUCUGGAACUGGCCUUAAAAGUUCCUCCAAUGUCUGACUUCCUUUUGUGCUUGUCCAUUUUCACAUCUGUGCCUCUGCAGAGAUCCAGCCUCCGACUGAGCUGACUGUAUGGUAUUCCCUUCCCAAAGACUCCUCCUGCAGAAAGCCAGGCUGAGUGGUGACAGAAAAAAAACAGGAAAAGGCUCCUCCUCCUCCUCCUCCUCCUCAUGUCGCAACUGGAGCCAGAUCACCGAUUCCCAUGGACUGAUUUUCAGAUCAAGCACACACUAUCCAGGCCUCAUGUGGAUCCUCUGGAGUAGAAUCAGCAUCUCAUUUGGCUGCCAUUGAUUCCAGAACUGUUUGGUGGUAGAAGAGCCCCUUGCAGGAAAGCAAUGCUGCUGCCAACUUCUGUGUUGCUCCUAAAGGAGCAGCCCUCAAAAACUGCACCCUGUAUAGCUCCACACCAAAUUCUGUGCUUGUGUAUAUGUCCGAUGUCAGGGAAACAGGCACUCAUUGUGCUCUGGAUUGCAACAGGAACCAUUUUAAACUUCAGGCUACAUUAUUCUAUCUAUUUUUAUUUAUUUAUUUAUCUAUUUAAUCUAUUUAUUUUAAUUCCAUUUUCUCCAUGUGCAAAGCCCCAGGGCAAUUUCCUGACUACAACGAGGCUUUACCGUGAAUUUGUGGUGCUUGUAUUGAAGUGAACAGCUACACAUGGUGAGAGAUGGCUUUCAUACAUAUGCUGCUUACUGUCCGAAGCUUCCACUUCAUUUCUCAUUCUCCCUUUGUGUCAUGAUUAGAAGCUAUGGGCUGAUAUCACACCAGGGGAGGGGGAGGAGAAAGAAAUCACAGCUAUCCUCCUCAGUGUAUGGAUCUCUUUCUUUCAUCUACACUUCUCCCUCACAUCAUCAUUUUUCUCCUCUUCCCCUUUGUUUUUCUGUUGGCUCUUGCUCUAUUUGAUGAUCUCCAUUUUCCGAGAUAUUGAUAGGAACAGGCACAUGUGGAAGUCACAUUUGAGACAGAAGUUGGGCAUUCUUCCCCUUGGAGAAGAUUGGAGAAAAGGAAGAGGAAAGCUGGCUUUGCAGCGUGCCUUAAACCAACACAUCUGAGGUGGGGAGGGGUAUUUCUCUCUGGAUAUUACAAAGGCUCAAUUAAUGUUGCAUUCCACUUCUCUGGGAUUUUAAGAACUUGUUAAAUACAUUAUGUAUUGCAAACAGAAAACUGUUUUCUUUGUUUAUGGGGUGGGGGGGGGAGUUGGGUUUAAGCCAGGGCAGUCCUUUCACGAGGCAAAAUGGGUCAUCUAGGGUGGCAGGUUAUUGAGAUGCCAGCAGGGCAGCAAGAUGCCUCCCUGCUGGCAUCAGAGCAGCUCUUUGGGACCAAUCUCAUCCUCAUACUCCUUCCAAAGCUUGCAAGAAACACAAGGAGAGAAAAGGAGUCUGCUGACAACCUUCCCUCCUCCUUGCCCCACUUUCCAGGGUUGCAGGGGUUGGUUUUGAAAGGGAGCUUCCCCCCCACCCCGCACCAGGAGAAUCAAGCAAGCCAAUAUUUGGCACCUCAAUUCAGGCACUGCAAUACCUUGGGGGCAACCCUGGGUUUAAAGCUCUGGCUGGUAGAGCCUCUGGUAAUAAACAUUUUAGACAGGAAAUGAGAGGUUGCUAUUUAAGUUCUUGAUGUAACAGAGACUGGCCAUACUAGAGAAGCUUCUAUGGCAUUUUUCUGGCUUACAUCUGAAAACCCUUUUGAUUCAUUCAGUUGUAGCACUCCAUAGCAUCACCAUUUGAUCUUUUGCAAUAGCCUCCUCCAGGGUCUGAUUCAAAUACACUACUAUGAUAUUCAGUGUACACAUAAGAAGAGAAGAGUGAUUUGUCAUUAAAAUUUGUUGGGUGUUUUUGUUUAGGUUUUUUUUUUUUAAAGGUAGAUGAACUCACAUACUGGGUAGGGGGAGUCUUUCAGUCCGGUUCCCUCUACCUAAAGGGAACCGAAAGGAAAACCUAAAGAAAAUGUGACAUUCACACAGCCACUUCCUUCUACUAGUCUCAGUAGCCAAGGCUGGAUACCUAGGGAAGGAUUGUAUAAUGUCAUGUAUGAAAUGUGUGCUUUAAAUGUUCAGAAACUGCAGCAUCUUUGUAACAGCAGUAGUUAAUCCAGAAAGAUGUUUGAAAGUAACAGCUGCACAUUUAUUUUGUAAAAACUCUGGUUUGUAAAGAGUACUUGCAUUCAAAAAGCCUUGUUUGAAGCAACAGAGAGCUGAUGUUCAAGUGGAUGUGAAUCCAAGGAGUUAAGAUUUCAGCUGCAAACGCCAAACAUGAGCUCCAUCCUUUUUGAUGCAGUGUUGACUCAUUACUUAUAUUUGGUGCUGAGGCAAUAUCUCUUUGGUUAUCUGCUCUUAAGAGUAGCUGACAUCCUGACUUAAUUUACUAGAGGAAGUCCUAUUGAAGUCCUGUUUAGUAGUCCUUUAGAAGAACUCCUGAAUACCAUUGAGUAAUUUAAUCAGGAUGUCAGCCAGUGAUCCAGUAUUAGACUUGCAUUCUUUUCAAAGAAAAUCAGGUUAUUCUAAACCACUAGACCCAAACUGCCCCCUACUCAAGUAUGGCUUUUGUGUAUAGUUCCAGCUCUGCCCCUUAAUUCUACUUCUAGAAUUAGGUGAGUAUCAAAUUUCCUCUGUUUUUGUAUCCUGUAUUGUUCAAAUUCAGCCAUAAUUGCACAAAGUCUCAGGGGAAGAAGAAAAGAUCAGUGAUAGCUGUUCUUGCGUCUGUUAUGGUUAUAGGUUUAUUUUUUGGCACUGAACAAUUGUUGAGGCUGAAAUUGCAUAAUUGUACUAUAAAGAAAUGCAACUAGAUGAAAGAUGGAAGUUCAAUCCAAAGAUGUUUUUCAGUGAAAACUAUUACAGACUUGUCCAUCUUUGGUGCAGUGUGCCUUUCAGAGCUGCAGCAUUACACCUAAAACAGUUUCAAUAUCUUGUCUAUCUGAUGCAUUCCAAAUUAGCUUUAAAAUGCUAUCACUGUUCUGUACCAGUCCAGUGGGCUUUGGAGCAAUGGCAUGCAGUCAGUUGGUAAAAGGCUGUAGUUGUUUACAAGAACCACAUACCUGCUUGUAGAAGGCAGUCUUCCAGUAAUGGAGGCAUGUGAUAUUUUGGAGUGCAGUGAUAUGAAAACAUUGUUCCUUAUCCAGGCUGCUCAUGCAGUUCUUUGUCUCUGUGAUGAAUAAGGAACUAGGAGUCAACUUCAGCAUUUUGCUUAAGUUUAAGUGAGCCCUGGAUAAUCUGAAGGGGGCUUGAUUGUGACACUAUCUUAGCUGUAAGCCAAAAAUACCGUCUAGUCCUGACUUGAAGCUUUCCUCUGAGUGGCUUCCAGGGGAGCAAGGUAUUUGGGACAGCUGGAGGGGAAAGAGAAUUCAGGUACCUCAUUCAAGAAGUCAGAGUCUAACAUCAAGUUCCUUUCCUUAGGACAACCUGUGAGUUGCCCCACCCCCUACAGUCUUUGGGCAGAUUCUGGAAAUUUGGGAACUGCAAAACAGGCUUCUCUGCCUCAAGACUAUUCUCUGGAUCUGCAAGGACAAUACAUUUAUUGACUCGUAUGACCUGAAAGGAUCUGUUAUAGAGAUUUUCUAUCCAGAUUCCCUCAUUCAGAUCUACUCCAGCCUCCCAAAUUCAUUGACCUUAUUUGCCUUUGCUGUUUUAGAGGUAGGUAGGGGCUUGUCUGUGUGCAUUUAUGCACACCACUUGCGGAACAGGGCUGAUCACGUCUGUUAUCCUUCAUCUUCAUAUACUGCUAACAAAGUAUGUUUAUAGAAUAUAAUUACAAUUUAUUAGUGCUGUUCAUGAUAAUAUUUUUGAUCUGUUGGGUUGUUUUUUUACAAAUUGUUGCAAAAAAACUUUAAAAUCCAAUUUGAUUUUAAAAUAAAAAGUUGAUUUUUUAAGCUUA